AUGGCACCGGUUCCGGACCUCGCCGUAGUUGUCUGCCACGGCUCUUACCACACCCCCGCCCCGUACGGCCCGCUGCUGGAGGCUAUGCAGACCAGAGGUAUCGCGGCCUGUUGCCCUCGGCUCCCGACCGCCGACCUGGCGAAACUCAAUGUCGGCGACGUCAACAACCCCGACUUCGACCGGGAACCUCCCCCCGGCGGGUAUCCCCAGGGGGAGGAGGACACCGAAGCUGUGCUUGAGGUUCUCAGACCCCUGGUGGAAGCCGGAAAGGAGGUCCUUCUCGUCGGCCACUCCUCCGGCGGCUGGACGGCCACGCAGGUGGCGCAGCCGGAGCUGCAGGCCAAGGUUCGCAAGGCCAAGGGGCUUGCUGGAGGUGUGAUUGGCGUUUUCUACGCGGGCGCCUUUGUGAUCCCCGUCGGCGAGUCAAUCUCCAGCUUUUUCCAGCCCAAAGACGGCAGCUUUGUGACGCCGCCGUUCGUGACUUUUCAUAAACACGGCCCCGCCGGACUCGGUACAAUCGUCAAUGCCGAGAAGUUUCUCUUCAACGACCUCGACGAAGCCACGGCGAAGAAGUGGGCAGCUACGUUGACUGCUUCUCCUAUUUUGACCACCAAACUUACCAACGACGCCUACUCGGCACUUCCUUGCGCCUACUUGGUCCUGGACGGAGACUUGACACUGCCCCGUGAGUAUCAGGAGGGCAUGGCCAGUCUUUUGACCCUGAAGAAUGCCAAUUCUUCCAUCUACCACUGCCCGGCUGGCCACUCGCCCCAUCUCAGCUGGACUGGAGGGAUGGUGGACACGAUUUGCAACUUUAUAGAGAGAAUCAAGGCCCAGUGA